UUUAUUAUCUCCUCACUCUCAAAUCUCCCGAAGAACCCUUAAACCUUAUCCCCUCCCCCAAAGCACAUCGAGAGAGAAGAGAAAGUGAGCCAUGUCUGCCUCCGCUUCCUCCGUUUCCCUUUCUUCCUUCAACCCUAAAUCCCUUCCUCUCUGCAUUUCCCGCUCCGCCUCCGUUCUCCCACCUUCCCUCUCCUUCAAACUCCACUCCAUCUUCGCUUCCUCCGCCGUCAAAUGCUCCUCCUCCCCCGCCCAACACCCGUCCCGUUUCUCCAGAAACGUCGCCGUAUCAUCGGAUUUCGAGGUGGAGGAAGACGACAUGUUCACCGACGAUGAUUCUUCUCCCCCGCCGACGCAGGAGCGCAGCUCCUCCUUCUCCGCCGACCUCAAACUCUUCGUCGGUAACCUCUCCUUCGAUGUGGACAGCGCUCAGCUCGCUCAGCUGUUUGAGAGCGCCGGGACUGUUGAGAUGGUUGAGGUUAUAUAUGACAAAGUGACUGGCAGAAGCAGAGGUUUUGGAUUUGUGACAAUGUCCACUGCAGCUGAAGUUGAAGCAGCUGCUCAGCAGUUUAAUGGCUAUGAACUUGAGGGUAGAGCUUUGAGGGUUAACGCUGGCCCUCCUCCACCGAAGAGGGAGGAAUCAUUCUCCAGAGGACCAAGAAGCGGUGGUUACGGUUCUGAACGUUCCAGUUACGGUUCUGAACGUUCUGGCUACGGGUCUCAGCGUUCAGGACGUUCUGGUUACGGGUCUGAGCGUUCCAGCUAUGGGUCUGGGUCAGGGUCAGGGUCAGGGUCAGGUUCAUCAGACCGUGUGUAUGUGGGAAACCUUUCGUGGGGUGUUGAUGACACGGCUCUUGAGAGCUUGUUCAGCGAGCAAGGAAAGGUUGUUGAGGCCAGGGUCAUUUACGACAGGGACACUGGUCGAUCCAAGGGUUUUGGGUUUGUGACACUCGGCUCUCCUCAAGAGGUCACAAGAGCCAUCAACUCUUUGAAUGGCGCAGAUUUGGAUGGAAGACAGAUUAGAGUCUCUGAGGCUGAGGCUAGGCCACCAAGGCGCCAGUUUUGAGCGACCAUGUCACUUCACUGCUCUCAAAGAACUGCAGAUUCUUGAGGUGUAUCAUGUAUAUCAUCUUGAGUUUUGGGCUUUGUUUCUUAAUUUUAAGUCGUUUUGGGCUUUGCUUUUAUUUUUGCAGACUACUUAGGGUUUUGGACUUUUACUUAUUUCUUCAUUAUGCUGUUUCGUUAACUUUGUUGUCCACCAAGUGUAUGUGGACCGUUCAAAAGAGUGUACCAUUUGAAUCUUAGACGGAUGUUUUUGCUUUACUAAAAUUUCUUCAAAUCAUA